UUUAUUUCCUGCUGGACGUUUCCUGAUCCUCGUGCUUCCUGCUUCCCCAGCGGAGAUGUUUGGGAUCCAGGACGGCGUUCCCCGUGGCGUUACGGCCGGUAUGAAGGAGGAGCCGCUGGCCGUGCGCUCCUGGAUGCACUCGGCCGGCGUGGUGGACGCCAACACGGCCGCUCAAAGCGGGGUGGGGUUAGCGCGAGCUCACUUUGAGAAGCAGCCCCCGUCUAAUCUGAGGAAGUCCAACUUCUUCCACUUCGUGUUGGCGCUGUACGACCGGCAGGGCCAGCCGGUGGAGAUUGAACGCACGGUCUACGUCGACUUCGUGGAGAAAGAGAAGGAGCCGAGUGGAGAGAAAACCAACAACGGGAUUCACUACAAGCUGCAGCUGCUCUAUAGCAAUGGAGUCAGGACGGAGCAGGAUCUCUACGUCCGGCUCAUCGACUCCAUGACCAAACAGGCCAUCAUCUAUGAAGGUCAGGAUAAGAAUCCGGAGAUGUGCCGAGUUCUGCUGACUCAUGAGAUCAUGUGCAGUCGCUGCUGUGAUAAGAAGAGCUGCGGAAACAGAAACGAGACGCCAUCAGACCCCGUCAUCAUCGACAGGUUCUUCCUGAAGUUCUUCCUAAAGUGUAACCAGAACUGUCUGAAGAAUGCUGGAAACCCACGAGACAUGCGGAGGUUCCAGGUGGUGGUGUCUACGACAGUCAACGUAGACGGCCACGUUCUCGCCGUCUCCGACAACAUGUUCGUACACAACAACUCCAAACAUGGCCGCCGAGCCCGCAGACUGGACCCGUCUGAAGCAGCCACUCCCUGUAUAAAAGCCAUCAGUCCCAGUGAGGGAUGGACGACGGGCGGAGCGACCGUCAUCCUGAUCGGAGACAACUUCUUUGACGGCCUGCAGGUCGUCUUUGGCACCAUGCUGGUCUGGAGCGAGCUGAUCACCCCCCAUGCUAUCCGGGUGCAGACCCCUCCCCGUCACAUCCCCGGGGUCGUCGAGGUUACGCUGUCGUACAAGUCCAAACAGUUCUGUAAAGGAGCUCCGGGACGCUUCGUCUACACAGCUCUGAACGAGCCCACCAUCGAUUACGGCUUCCAGCGGCUACAGAAGGUCAUCCCCCGUCACCCUGGAGACCCCGAGAGACUGCCCAAGGAGGUGCUGCUGAAGAGAGCAGCAGACCUGGUGGAGGCGCUCUACGGGAUGCCUCACAACAACCAGGAGAUCAUCCUGAAGCGAGCGGCUGACAUUGCUGAAGCACUCUACAGCGUUCCCCGGAACCACAACCAGAUUCCGUCGCUAGGCAACACCGCCUCGCACGGCAUGAUGGGAGUUAACUCCUUCAGCGGACAGCUGGCCGUCAACGUCUCCGACACCACGCAAGUUGGUUACAGCCGUAACACCAGCAGCGUGUCACCGCGGGGAUACGUGCCCAGCUCCACCCCCCAACAGAGUAACUAUAGCAACAACGUAAGCAACAGCAUGAACGGCUACGGUAACACCGGCAUGCCAAACUUAGGAGUGGCGACUUCCCCCGGCUUCCUGAACGGAUCGUCUGCCAACUCUCCCUACGGCAGUAAGUAUCACGUUGUUCCCUCCAGUCCGACCAUGGCCGUGUCUAACUGUAACUCCUCUCACGGAGUUUUCUCUUUCUCGGCUGCCGUCAAACAGAAGAGCGCCUUCGCUCCCGUCGUCCGGCCACCCGCGUCCCCGCCCCCAAACUGCUCCGGAAACAACGCCAACGGGCUGCAAGCAAUGGCCGGCCUCGUCGUUCCUCCGAUGUAAAAGAUCUUCCUCCUCCCCUCCCCCCCAUCCCCCUCCCCCUCAGCCGCGAGCACCAAUCACCUCAGAGGGGGCAGGGCCUCAGGCAGCAGCUGACCAGUCAGGACGGAGUAUCGGGCGUCUCUGUUACAGUAAAAAAGAAACAAAAGAAACUGACUGGACGGAGGCUCCGGUUUCUGACGACGAAAAUAAAAAAAGGACUUUUCUGUAAAUGUUGUCAUGUUUAACUCUAUGUACAAACUGUGACAUCAUUUCCUCUACUUGUGAUGUAAUUUUUGGGGAACUUAUCCAAACCUGAGCUGAAAAUUGAGGAUGUUAAACAACCGUGUGUUGAAAGUGGAGUUCCUCAGGGCUCAGUGUUUGGUCCCCUGUUGUUCCUCGUUAACAUCACACUGAUUAUUUUUAUUGUUUUGACAGAAUCUGUUCUCAAAGCUGAUUGGUCCGCUGCAAAAGAGGUGAAUACUGAACUCUAAGACAAUAUGCUUCUGUUGCACGACUAAAACUACUUUCGAACGCACACAUGUUCCACCAAAACAAGUUCCUUCCUGAGAAUAUCUAGCAGAGGCACCGUGGC